UGUUAUAAUCGCGAGUGCUAAAAGAAAGACUUCGAGCUCGAAUAAAACUGCUCAGUCUCUCAUACGCUGAUCGCCCAUAAGAUCAAUGUUAUCACGUAUGCAAUUUAUACAAGAGAAACAGCCGUUUCAAUCUAAACUGCAGUCUAACAUUGAACUAUAUCAAUCUGAUGUAUCAUUAACGUCUUCAACAUCUUCUGCACUUACAAGAGAACGGAAGGGAUAAAAACUUGUGCCAUGCACUUCUGUCUUUAUCCGAAGUUCUGUUCCAGCUUCGUUUCGUCGCCAGAAAUCUCCAACGAGAAGGUUAUCACGACUUUGUAAAUGUACUUCCAGACACUUCCGUCAAUUGCCAGUGGUCUUCUCAUGCCUUUCAUUCCACAGACGAGUACAUAUGCCCAACUGACAUAAUGCUGGUGAGCAUCAUUGCCACUGCGACAGCUCUCAAAACUGCAAUCGGUAUCGUUGGAACAAGUCUCUGGUUAAUCCCACUCCUCAUUGCUGGCAUAGCAUAUUACCGGUACGAUUAUCUCGAUCCAGAGUCACGUCCUAUAGAUCGAUAUCCACUCUACAAGGAAUAUGAUUUCGUUGUAAUUGGUGGCGGUUCAGCUGGUGCCGUUGUUGCAAGUCGUCUCUCAGAAAUCCCUCACUGGAUGGUACUGUUACUUGAGGCGGGACCAGACGAAAAUGAAAUCAGUGACGUCCCAUCUCUGUCUGCAUACCUACAACUGUCAAAUUUGGAUUGGCAAUACAAGACUGAGCCCACAGGGAGAGCGUGUUUAGCAAUGAAGGGCGGACGAUGCAACUGGCCACGUGGAAAGGUCCUCGGAGGAUCAAGCGUUCUUAACUACAUGCUAUACGUCCGUGGAAAUAGACAUGAUUAUGACCACUGGGAAUCGUUGGGAAACCCAGGUUGGGGUUACAAAAAUGUUUUAAGAUACUUCAAGAAAUCGGAGGACAACCGUAAUCCGUACCUUGCACCAUCCAAGUACCACUCCACGGGAGGUUAUCUUACAGUGCAAGAAUCGCCAUGGAGGACACCUCUGUCACUUGCCUUUAUUCAAGCAGGACAAGAAUUAGGUUAUGAAAACAGGGACAUAAAUGGGGAAUUACAAACUGGUGUUAUGAUAGCACAAGGGACGAUACGACGCGGCACACGGUGUAGCACAGCCAAGGCAUUUCUCAGACCUGCAAGACUUCGUAAAAACUUACACGUGGCAAUGAAAUCUCAUGUGAUAAGGAUACUUAUAAAUCCGUUUACAAUGAGGGCUUACGGAGUCAUGUUUGUGCGGAACGGUGUCCGACAGAUUGUUCUGGCACGAAGGGAAGUAAUAUUGUCAGCCGGAGCAAUCAACUCACCACAGCUUCUAAUGUUAUCAGGGAUAGGUCCUAAAGAACACUUAUCGAAGUUUGGUAUACAUGCACUACAGAACUUAAAAGUCGGCGAAAACUUACAAGAUCAUGUAGGACUUGGUGGCAUGACGUUCUUAAUCAAUAAACCUGUGGCAAUUGUUCAAGAACGUUUCCAAACGAUUCCAGUUACCGCAGAAUAUCUCAUACAUGAGCGCGGGCCAAUGACUACUCUCGGUGGACUGGAAGGACUCGCGUUUAUAAACACGAAAUUUGCAAAUAUAUCAGAAACAUACCCAGAUAUACAAUUUCACUUUGCACCGGCUUCUGUGAAUUCGGAUGCUGGGGUUCAAGUUCGCAAAAUACUUGGAUUAACAGAUCAAGUUUACAACGCAGUGUACAGACCUAUAGCAAAUCGGGAUUCAUGGACACUUUUACCGUUGUUACUGAGACCUCGGUCCAGAGGGUGGGUACGACUGAGAAGUAGCAAUCCUUUUCACUAUCCAGUUAUCAAUGCAAAUUAUUUUGAUGAUCCGUUUGACGUCGCUACAUUAGUGGAAGGUGUAAAGAUAGCAGUGAAAAUGAGUGAAUCAAAAGCCUUCCGGCAAUUCGGGUCAAGAAUACAUCGUGUGCCUAUACCUGGAUGCAGAAAGUACCCAUUCGGGUCUGAUGCUUACUGGGAGUGCGCUGUGAGGAGCAUAUCGAUGACGAUAUAUCAUCCUGUCGGUACCUGCAAAAUGGGGCCAGAAUGGGAUUCAGAUGCAGUUGUGGAUCCCAGAUUACUGGUGUACGGUGUGAAGGGACUUCGAGUAAUCGACGCGUCAAUAAUGCCGACCAUUGUGAGCGGUAAUACCAAUGCCCCAACUAUUAUGAUAGGCGAGAAAGGUGCAGAUUUAAUCAAAGAAGACUGGUUGAAGACAAGAAGCACUAAAUUAAAGCCAGAAAGACUAAAUGAUACAACUUUAAUUUCCAGAUUAAGGGUUACGAUGAUUCAAUCGUCAUUUCUGCUAAACCUGGUUCUACUGUUCUUCCUUGAAUCCGUCACAGAACAAAGCAACACUGGCAGAAUUUUGGCAGAUAUACUAAAACAACAUGAAGAGGAACCUAAAAGCAGAAUCGAUCUACUGGACGAAUAUGACUUCAUUAUAAUUGGUGCAGGAACAGCUGGGUGCACUCUGGCUAACCGUCUCACUGAGAUCCCAGAAUGGAAGGUAUUGCUGGUGGAAGCAGGCGGGAGAGAAAACUUCGUAAUGGACAUCCCUCUACUCGCCAGCUUCAUACAGUUUACUUCAGCCAAUUGGAAAUACAAAACAGUGCCUUCCAAUACAUCAUGCCUUGGGCUUCAAAAUGCACAGUGUAACCAUCCACGAGGUAAAGUUAUGGGGGGAAGCAGUACCCUCAAUUACAUGAUAUAUACUCGUGGACAUCCUAAGGAUUAUGACGCCUGGGCUGCACUUGGAAAUAACGGUUGGUCUUAUAGAGAGGUACUGCCUUAUUUCUUGAAGUCCGAAGACAUGACAAUACCCAAAUUAGCAGAAAAUAAGAAAUUUCAUUCUACGGGCGGUUAUUUAACCAUCAGCCAUCCUCCUUAUCGCACACCGUUAGCUGAAGCCUUUGUGGAAUCAGGUCUUGAAACAGGACAAAACAUUGUUGAUUACAACACAGAUACAAUGAUAGGAUUCAGCUUUCUACAGAAUACACUGAAAAAUGGGACUCGAUGGAGUUCUUCUAGAGCGUUCUUACAUCCAGUACGAAUGAGGACAAAUUUGCAUGUCACUAAAAUGAGCACGGCCACCAAAAUAUUAAUACAUCCUCAGACAAAAGAGGCAACAAGCGUUCAGUUCACUCGGGGGAACAAACGGCAUGUAAUACGUGCCAGGAAGGAAAUAAUUGUAUCCUCAGGAGCAAUAAAUUCACCGCAACUCCUCAUGCUAUCUGGCGUAGGACCGCGUCAACACUUGGAAAGCUUGGGCAUUAAAACAAUUCAGGACCUAGCUGUAGGAUACAAUCUUAUGGACCACAUUGCACUUGGCGGUCUAAUCUUCACGGUCAACCAGAGCGUGUCCCUGAAAACAAGCUCGAUAUUGAAUGACCCAAGUAACGCCCUAAAUUAUUUCUCUUAUCAUAAAGGCCCUUUAUCAGUUCCAGGGGGAUGUGAAGCUCUUGCCUUCUAUGACCUAAAGGAUCCUACCAAUCCACAUGGAUACCCCAAUAUAGAACUUCUUUUUGAAGGUGGUUCAAUUGUCUCCGAGCAUACACUUCGGAAAGGCUUUGGUAUUACACGCGAUCUUUACAACGCUGUAUACAAACCAAUAGAAAAACGUGAUACAUGGAUGGUUCUACCGAUGUUGAUGAGGCCCAAAAGCAAAGGAAGGGUAAUGCUCAGAGACAGAAAUCCAUUUCAUAAACCGUUAAUCAACCCCAAUUAUUUUCAAUAUGAUGAAGAUCUAGAAACUAUGGUAGGAGGUGUCAAAAAAACGAUUGAACUUAGCAAGACGAAAGGAUUCCAGAAAUUUGGAACCAAAUUACACGACAUUCCUAUACCCGCAUGUAAGAAACACGUUUUUGGAUCCGAUGACUACUGGAGAUGUGCAAUAAGACAUCUCACUUUUACGAUAUACCACUUAUCUGGGACCUGUAAAAUGGGUCCCAAGUGGGACUCUAGCGCCGUAGUGGACCCAAGGCUAAGAGUGUACGGAAUCAAGGGUCUCAGAGUGGUAGAUGUAUCCGUUAUACCUGAAAUACCAGUGGGUCACACGAACGGGCCGACAUUCAUGAUAGCCGAGAAGGCUGCAGAUCUUAUCAAGCAAGACUGGGGGGUAACUAUUAAUAACUACAGUGAUGAAUUAAAUUAAAUAUCAUUCUCAUAACAAUUUUACAUUACAGUGAUACUGAAUUUUCAGCAUUCUGAUGAUUUUGUAAUUGUUCAUACAUCCUAAUAAUCAGCGAACUUUCUGCUAUCUGAAUUACUGAUAAACCACACAUUUCAGUUCGUUACU